CCAUUGUGCGCCAACACCUCGUCUGAGUCUUCUCCUCCUUGGUCAUUACGUAUCCACGCCCCUGACCUCAAUCAAAUAGCACCAAUUGUCAUUCAGGGAUGUUUGUUAAGCCGUUUAUUGGUUCUUCGAACGCUUUUCACUUUAAGACUAAUUGCACGUGCUAGCUGUCAGUUCAAGAGGCUGGCGUAAACUCAAAGUAAAGCUAUUCCAUGACCUAACAAGAUCACCAACCUUGCUUCGAUUGUGCUGUGGCUCAUUCGGACAAUCUUUACAAUGCAAGCUUACAUGAUGUUAUUGCUUGUGUUGACGACGGCACAGGUAGCUCAUGGUGUCGUGUUUGGCUGGCUGCUGAGUGUAUCUCCCGCGGACGGAGAGCUAUCGCCUCACAGUCGAGAAAACUCUACCAGAGAGAGUCUGACAGAUGCGAACAAAGUUUUUAAGUAUGAGUGCAGGAAAGACAAGCAUUGCGGGCAAGGAAAAUACUGUCACAGGCACUACGGAACUUGCCAUGAUGUGAAACCUCUGGGAGAGCAUUGUCGCCGGGAUCAUGUCUGCGCUGCUGGCAUGGAGUGCGUCUUCGGAAAAUGCAGGAAAACUAUUACGUCUGGCACCGAAGGAGCUCGGUGUAGCAAGGAUAAAGAAUGCAGCGCAGGACUUUGUUGCGCUCCAACACACGGGGAAUGGAUCUGCAAGAAGAUGCUGCGAGAGAACGAAAUUUGCACGGUUCCCGCGGGUGGACUGGCGUACUCUGUUAACCACAAUUGUCCCUGUGGCGAGGGAUUUGUCUGCAGAAAGGUGCGAAGCCAGCAUAGGAAAAAAAGGCCCAUGAGAAUGUUUCGAAAAGAACGGCGUUGUGUGAGUACGUUUAGAUGAAGACGCCGUGGAGAACAUUACAUUUUGUAAGUGUCCAAGACACGGUCCGUCCCGCUAUCUGUGCUCAUGCUCAGGGGUACGCUAAAAUAUAUUUAUAGAUAUAUAUUUCUUUUAGUAAACUUUGGCUACAGACAAUUUAUGUACAUAGGCACGAGAAUACUCGUCAAAUUAUAACAGAUAAUGAACAAAACAGAUUUAGGAAAAGUCAAAGUAGUUUGACAUAGUUGACAUAAUGAAAUAAAUCGUGCAGUAGAUAUCUUA